UUCGAAAAGGCUGGAGUCGCAGGAGAAAAAGUGGCGAGAGGAAGUCCAGAAAGCGCAUAAUCCUGGUGGAGCAGGACACAAAAAAGUCAUAGGGCUUCGAGUGUGUAAGUCAGAGUCUCAUUUUCAUACGCCACAGUCCGCAAAGCUGGUGCUUUUGCAUAAUAGUUGGGUUGGUGCUGUGAUGCUAGUGUGAAAAGCGCUGGGCUUGCCAAUGGAGUCCUCCGUGGCGCCCCGCGGGGCUGCGCUUCCAAUUGGGCGGCAGUGAUUGGCGUAGAAGAUGCGUGACAAUGAGUGUGUAGAGGGUGGAGGUGAUUCGUGCGAGGGUGGUAGCCGAGGCAGGACGCGAAGCCGGACCACGAGUGGCAGCAGUAACUUUGUGGCCAUCAAUCUUGAGAAUGUAGGGACACUGGACAGAGACUCCCGGAUGGUGCGCAACAAGGGACAGGGUGGUCAGAAGGUGCCCAGCCAGCGCAAGUGCGAUCACAGUGACAAUUCCAGUGAGACAGACUCUCCGGGCGUCGAGCCGCGCGCGUCAGUUCACAAGCAAAACCUCUACGUUGUCUCAUUCCCAAUCAUCCUCUUGUUCAACAUCCUGCGAUCCAUUUUGUAUCAAUUGUUUGUGAUAUUCAGAUACUUGUACAGUGCUACGUCUCGCGUGGCGCACAGAAAUUGGCUGAGGCGUCGCCGUGAGUGCGGAAUUGAGGUGGUUCAGGAAGCCACAGCAUCGGCUGCAGUUCAGCUCGAGGGCGCCCAGGAGGGUCUGAUCGAGAUGUCGUCCGGGAGUCGACACCCAAGUGGGCCAGGCCCUGGGGAUCCGCUGCUGGCGAAGCAGAAACACCAUCACAGGCGAGCUUUUGAGUACAUAUCGAAAGCACUCAAGAUUGAUGAGGAGAACGAAGGUCAGAAGGAGAUUGCCAUUGAGCUGUAUCGGAAGGGAAUCCAGGAGCUGGAGCGCGGAAUCGCAGUGGAUUGCUGGAGUGGACGCGGCGAUGUCUGGGAGCGUGCCCAGCGCCUGCACGACAAGAUGCAGACCAAUUUGUCCAUGGCGCGAGAUCGAUUGCACUUCCUUGAAUUAUUGAUGGAAGAACUGAAAUUAGAAAGUUUAGAAUCUACCUCAAGAAAUCACACGAAAGUGUCUAGUUGUAAUAACAAGCGUAAAGAUAUGAGGGAGAAUAGCGUUAGUAAGAAUCUCCUGACGACAACCACGGGGACAAGUAAUGCUAGAACAUUGUCUCAGCCAUCGAAGAAUGUUGUGAUAAAUAAGAACACUAGAACGACCGAAGCCUCCGGUCGGAAAUUGACGGUGGGCAGCAAGCGACCGGCCAACCUGGGGGUGAUGAACAAGUCGCAGACGCUGCCGAGAAGCAUGGGUGGCACCAAAGUGGGCGGCAGCAGCGGACAGCCUCAGCAGCGCCCCGUGCUCAAGUCCAUCGCCACUCCACCGGCCGUGCGACGACAACUCUCGAUCUCUGGAAAUUCUCCCAUCCGCAAGGCAGGGACCAACACGGGCCGCAACACUCCGCCGCUGCGCUCCAGGACGCCUAUUGGCGGGAUCUCGGCACCCUCGCCGACGACCAUUUCGGUGAAGGGUGUGGAGCAGAAGCUGGUGCAGAUCAUCAUGGACGAGAUUGUUGAGGGCGGCGCCAAGGUGGAGUGGAACGACAUCGUGGGCCAGGAUGUGGCCAAGCAGGCGCUCCAGGAAAUGGUGAUUCUGCCGUCUGUGCGCCCAGAAUUGUUCACGGGACUACGCAGCCCCGCGCGCGGUUUGCUGCUGUUCGGGCCACCGGGAAAUGGCAAGACUCUGCUUGCUCGUGCUGUGGCCACGGAGUGCUCGGCGACCUUCUUCAACAUCUCGGCGGCCUCGCUGACCAGCAAAUACGUGGGCGAUGGCGAGAAACUGGUGAGGGCACUGUUCGCCGUGGCCAGAGAGAUGCAGCCCUCGAUUAUCUUCAUUGACGAAGUGGACAGCUUGUUGUCGGAGAGGAGCACGGGUGAGCACGAAGCGUCGCGUCGGCUCAAGACAGAAUUCCUGGUGGAAUUUGAUGGACUUCCAUGCAAUCCGGAGGCAGAUCGUAUUGUCGUGCUCGCGGCCACGAAUCGGCCACAAGAGCUCGACGAAGCGGCACUGAGGCGCUUCCCGAAGCGUGUCUAUGUCUCCCUGCCAGAUCUCGAGACCAGAGAUCUGCUCCUGAGGCGUCUGCUGGAGAAGCAGGGCAGUCCACUGUCCACGGAGGCGAUGAGACGCCUCGCUAACCAAACGGAAGGAUACUCCGGUUCGGAUCUCACUGCACUGGCCAAGGAUGCCGCUCUGGAGCCCAUUCGCGAGUUGAAUGUGGAGCAGGUGAAGAACAUGGACCCGACCAAAGUGAGAUCCAUUACCGAGCAAGACUUUAUGAACUCCCUGAAGCGCAUUCGCAGAUCUGUUGCACCGCAGAGCUUAACUGCUUAUGAGAAAUGGUCGCAGGACUUUGGGGAUGUCACUAUUUAGAGAGCUGAGCGCAAUUUCAGAGUAUUUUACUUAUAAUUUUAGUUUUACAGUUUAUUAAUUAAGCGCCACUUCAAUGUAAAAUCAUGAAACACACAAAAUCGACUUUCAGCCAGUUGAGGAGAUAUUUUAGGAAUAUUUUUGUAUUUGAUGAGCUGAUCUCACGUUGAUUUUCUGAACAAAUGGCACACACUAUCUGGUAAAGUAUAUUGAAUUUUAAGGUAUAAAUCGAGUUUAACGGUUUCUAUUGCUUACAAAAGGAUACCCGGAGUUGUAAUAAAGGCUUCUGCUAUGGAAUAAUCA